ACUGGAACCUCUCUCUCUCUCUCUCUCUCUCUCUCAGAACACACAACACAUACUCUCCAUCUCUCUCCCUCUCAAGUCUCGGUUGUGUGUCCCUUUUAAUUCUCAAAACGCGCACACACUGACACAUCCACUCUCUCUCUCCCUCUCUCCCCCCGAGUGGCAUGGCGAGCAACAGAGACAGAGAUGAGGCUCUGACAUUCAAUAACCCGUCGUCUUCGUCGUCCCCAAUCGCAGUGUCCGACCCAUUCGACAGCUUCCUCACUGACCCCACUUCCCGCAUCGGCAGCGCCUCCGGAAGCUUCCAGAACGAGGGCUUGCUAUCGGAUUCCACCAACGACGCCGAGGUUGGCUUCUCUCGCCCCGACUUCCGGACGAUUCAACUCGCCGGAACCGUUGAGUUCUACCAGCGCCACGUCUUCCUCUGCUACAAGAACCCCCAGGUUUGGCCCGCAAGAAUCGAGGCCUCCGAGUUCGAUCGCGUGCCCAGGCUGCUCUCCGCCGCUGUGAUGGCUAGGAAGGCUGAUAUGAAAAAAGAGACUCGCCUGACAAUAUGUGAGGGACAUGAUGGUACUGAGACAUCAAAUGGAGAUGUACUAAUCUUUCCAGACAUGAUCAGAUACAGGAGAUUGACACAUUUUGAUGUUGACACAUUUGUCGAGGAAGUGCUUGUUAGGGAUGGUGAAUGGCUUCCUGGAACUCCCGAAACAUUAAAGGGUUCAUAUGUUUUCGUAUGUUCUCAUGGGUCCCGGGAUCGGCGUUGUGGAGUUUGUGGACCUGCCCUUGUCAGUAGAUUCAAAGAAGGAAUAGAAUUGCAUGGUCUUCAAAGUAAAGUAUCUGUUAGCCCAUGCUCACACAUUGGGGGGCAUGAGUAUGCAGGAAAUGUUAUCAUAUUUGGAUCAAAUCUCAAUGGAGAAGUCACUGGGCACUGGUAUGGGUAUGUUUCUCCGGAGGAUGUACCUGUAUUGCUUGAGCAGCAUAUUGUGAAAGGAGAAAUUGUAGAUUGGUUGUGGAGGGGUCAGAUGGGUUUAUCAGAAGAAGAACAAAAGAAAUCCCAAGAACUAAGGCUGCAGUUAAAUGGAGAGAUAAAUGUUGUGCAAAACAUUGAAGAACUGACACAUACAUUUAAGAAUGAGACGCUCACUGUUGCCCGUAGAUCUCAAGUUGAGGUAAUGUCAUGUUGCCCAGAAAAUGGAGACUCCUACUGCUGUCAGAACCCUGCAUUACCAGGAAACCUAGAUGAUAAUCUAGAUGCCAAUGUGGGUGCAGCAAAGGUGACAGCCCAAAACGAGAACGAUGAGAAACUAAAUUCUGGCAUCAAAAGUGGUAAUGGUGCUGGUACACGCAAAGUGUGUGCCAUGCCGACGUGGUUUGAGAGCUGGGAGCGUGAAGAUACCUUUGCAGCUCUUGCUGUUGUUUGUGCUGCGGCUUCAGUUGCCAUUGCCUAUAGUUGCUACAAACAGUUGAGAUAAAACUCCAAAUCCAAUUGUUGUUUUGUUUUAAUGAUACAAGGAUUUGGUGUACUCUUCCCUAUGUUGUGUCCAAUCGUAAAAAUAUACAAACGUCUCUUGAUGUUGUUAGGCCUUUGCAGAAAGAUAAUUGGAUUUAGAAGGGUAAAGAGUGGGAGAAUUAUCAGAGUUGUGUUUAGAAUCUCAGCGUUGCCUCCAGGCAAUCAAACGCUCUCUGGUCUCCUUGUUUCUUUAUGCCUGCUUGACGUCUAAAGCAGAAAUUUGAACUUGUGCAAGUAUGUGUAUUAGUCUGAUCUUCGAAAUUUUGAUAUUUCACUUUCUUUCAAGAGAUAUUCAGUUUGUAAUAUUAAACAAAUAUCAUAUAGAGCAGGUCUGAGUGCUUUCUUCUA